CCCGGCGGCGGGCGCGCGGCGGUUGGCUGAGAACGCUGGUGCGGGCGCACUCAUUGGCUGGGGAGGCGGAGCCUCCUAAGCUAUAAAUAGGGGCCGGCGCGGCUCCUUCGGGCUAAACGCCGCUUCGCUACCGUUCCAGUUGGGUGCUUUAGGACUUGCUGUUCACCGCCACAUCGGGUCAUGCUCGGAGCCUGACUAGGCGCCCGGGACACGAAUGAAGAAGCAGCUGCUCCUCCUGUUCACUCACCGGGGACUUGUCAGCCGAGGGGGCCGCAGGGGAAAACGCCGCCGAAAAUGGCCUCGUUCCAUAUCCGUGCCGCGCGCGCGGAGGACUGUUCUGACCUGCUGCGCCUUAUCAAGGAACUAGCCAAGUAUGAGGACAUGGAGGACCAAGUCAUACUGACUGAGAAAGAUCUGCUGGAGGACGGCUUCGGGGAGCACCCGUUCUACCACUGCCUAGUGGCGGAAGUGCCCAAGGAAGUGUGGACACCAGAAGAACAUUGUGUUGUGGGUUUUGCCAUGUAUUACUUCACUUAUGACCCAUGGAUUGGAAAACUGCUGUAUCUUGAAGACUUCUAUGUGAUGUCUGACUACAGAGGGCUUGGCAUUGGUUCAGAAAUUUUGAAGAAGCUGAGUCAGGUUGCUGUUAAAAGUCGCUGCAGCAGUAUGCACUUCCUGGUGGCAGAAUGGAAUGAACCUUCCAUCAGGUUCUAUAAGAGAAGGGGUGCCUCAGAUCUGUCGACUGAGGAAGGGUGGAGACUCUUCAGAAUUGACAAAGAAUACUUGUUGAAAAUGGCAACUGAAGAGUGAAAUUGUUCCAGCACAUGACAAAUCCUAUCUGCGAAUUAUACUUUGAAUAAAUUCUUGCCUUAUUCUU